AUGAUUCACGAAUAUCAGGCAUAUAAGAAGUCUCUGGAGGUACACGGAAGAGAGAAGCGUAUCAGAGGACUCGAAAAGUACAACAACGAGCAAAUGUUUUUCAUUGGAUUUGCUACGAUGUGGUGCGGCCAUUAUACGCAAAAUGGACUUAUAACCCAGAUUCUCACCGACGUUCAUACUCCAAAUCGAUAUAGGUGA